AUGUCCGACAGCGGGGAUAGAGCAACCAAUCCACACAAUCCACUGUUAACCCUCGCCGCGCACGAGCUCCGGGUUGUCUCCGUCACCGCCACCAGGGCGCACGCCGAGCAGGAGGGUGAGAUGCGCGCCUUCGCCGACCAGGCGGCGCACAUCAAAGCCAAGGCGCGGGCCGUAGCCGUCUCAUGCGCGGAGGUCGACCAGGUCCACGCCGACGUCCAAGUGCCCGCCAGGGCGUGCAUCGACCUCGUCAACCGGCUCCAGGGCCUACGGGAGAAGCUUGCACAAAAGUGCGACGGAGGCGGGGCCGGCCGGAUUUGGCGAAGGCGUGGGCCCAGCCGGGUUCGACGGAGGCGCGGGGAGACGUGA